UGCCUUGGAAGAUUUUAUACGAGCUAUUUGUUCCGAAGCACGGGAACCAAAAUAGAAAAUAUUUUUUGUGUUUUUCGUUGACGUUUUGUCAUUGUAAUCUAAAACCCCAUAAGUAUCGUUUUUGAAACUUGGAUUCUUUGAGCUGCGGAUAAAUGGUGGUGGUAACGCGGAAUUCUUUACUGGCAGCGUUGCCAAAUGAUCACUUUCAAACAACGAAAAAGCCGAGGACGGAAUCGCCAAAUCCUUAUGGACUAAAACAGAAUGGCACCACAUCCGCCGACGAAGAGUGCAGCAGCGUGUCAUCGAUUCCGCGAGCAAAUCUCGAGGAAAUACUUGAUCGCAGAAUUGGUCCUCUGAGCGGCAAGUUGGAGUAUUACACCAAGGCCAUUUUGAACAAGCGCACCAGCCGUGUUUGGAUAGAAUGGACUCCGAUGGGACAAACUUUUACCGUGGAGGAGAUGCAGAAAGUGGUCGAAUUUGAUCAGAAAUAUGAGCAGGAAGUCGUUAAUUUAUUGCAGGAUGAUCAUACCGCUACUCGCAUAAAGACUAACUUUGUCACUCGCUUGAUUUUUGAUCCAAGACCGAAUAUUACCUGUGGAACUGGAAUGGAAUCUUCAAAACAACGCUUUUUAUUGGAGGUUUACUUAUCAAAUUCGUUGUCCAUGGACCGCACUGUCCUUUUGCCAAAUGCGUUUAUGCGUCAGCACCUUCGCAAAGCCCUCUGUGAAUUCUAUGAAGAUGCGAUGGUUGCAAGAGAUACCGCUGUGGUGAUUCUUCCGAGUGGACAUGCAACAGAACAGGAAAAUCGAUGUCCUUCGCCGGAAGUGUGAACCACUGUCAGCUAUCCGGGUGCAUACUCGUAUUGUUCGGUGUGACAAAUUUAACUUAUUUUGAUUAGUUGAAUUUCAUCCGACAUUUGCUGAUUGGAAUCAGCAUUUUUAUGUGUAUUCUAUACCCCCUGCUCUGUACAUGGAAGAUGGUGAGGCUUCUGGGCUAUUUCUCUUUUUAAGUAACUUACCAAAAAAUUAAUUGUAUAAGUGCAUUAAUUGUAUAUUAAACCUAGUCAAAGAAGUCUUUUUGUGUCCUUCUCUGUACCGAUUUAAGAGGUACUUGGUCUUUGUUCUGAAGUGAGUAACAUAGAAUUGUCGUCGAACAUAGAAUAGAA